CAUGCAUAUGCAAAAAUAAAUAGACACACAAUGCAAUCGAUAGCAUCAAGAACUCUCCAUCCAACCGUGCUUUGAACCAAAUCGAGCUCGCCUGAAACCUUCUUUAAGUGGCGGAAAGGGAAAGUUUGCCGGAAAACUUUGAAGCUUGGAACGUGGAUUCGCAGUUGACCUGGAUUUGAAUCUUUGGUGAAGGUAGAUCGCUUUCGAGUAACGUUUUUGAGCAGGGGAAGUCGUGGUUCCGACAUUCUAGAAGUUUAAAGCCGCGUGUCUUUUAGUGACUAGUCGUCGUUUCGCAAUGGGUUGCCGAAGUUCCAAGUUCACAGGGUGUUGCUCUACUGUCGCCGAGGACAACGGACCGACUCAACAAGUCGAAACCCCAGCGUUCGAAGCAGAACAGGACGACAAAAGCGAAGUCAUUGAUUUGCCAGCGUUUCGUGAAUUUUCUCUCGAGCAACUCAGCGUUGCUACAUGUGGCUUUUCUGAGGAGAACAUAAUCUCCGAACAUGGGGAGAAAGCGCCAAACAUCGUUUAUAAGGGAAAACUGGAUGAUCAAGAGUUGAUUGCCGUGAAACGCUUCAACAUAUCUGCCUGGCCCGAUGGCCGCCAGUUCAUGGAGGAAGCCAAAGCUGUCGGCCAGCUCAGGAGCUACAAACUGGCGAAUUUACUUGGCGGCUGCAGCGAAGGCGAGGAAAGGCUACUGGUUGCUGAAUUUAUGCCGAAUGAUACUCUCGCGAAACAUCUCUUUCACUGGGAUUCGCACGAGAUGAAGUGGUCGAUGAGGCUAAGGGUUGCUUAUUAUGUCGCGCAAGCUUUAGACUUUUGCACAAGCAAGGGGCGCGCGCUUUAUCAUGAUCUGCAUUCAUACAGAAUCGUCUUUGAUGCUGAAGGCAACCCCCGACUGUCGUGCUUUGGAUUGAUGAAGAACAGUAGGGACGGAAAGAGCUACAGCACCAACCUAGCAUUCACUCCUCCUGAAUAUCUUCGAACUGGAAGAGUUACUCCGGAAAGUGUUAUAUACAGCUUUGGCACUCUUCUACUUGAUCUCUUCAGUGGAAAACACAUUCCACCAAGUCAUGCUCUUGAUCUGAUAAGAAGCCGGAAAAUUCAAAUGCUCGUGGAUUCCGGGUUGGAAGGUCAAUUUACCAACGACGAUGACACUGAGUUUGUGCGCCUCGCUUCGAGGUGUUUGCAGUAUGAACCGCGCGAGAGGCCGAGUCCUAAAUCAUUAGUUACUGCAUUAAUCCCUAUUCAAAGGGAAACCGAGAUUUCGUCUCGUGAACUGAUGGGCUUUCCCUGCGGUGGAGAUGCCAUGGCUCUCUCGCCCCUCGGCGAAGCUUUUUUAACUAUGGAUUUAACUGCCAUACAUGAAAUGCUGGAAGAACUCGGGUACAAAGAUGACGAGGGGACUGUAACUGAGGCAACACUGAGCUCGAAGAAAAGGGGCGACUUGGCCUUCCGGCACAAAGAUUUCGAAGCUGCAAUCAAAUGUUAUACACAGUUUAUCAAUGUUGGCACUGUGGACUCUGCGACUGUAUUUGCUCGGCGCAGUUUCUCGUAUCUGAUAAGUGACAUGCCGCAGCAGGCGCUCAACGAUGCAGUUCAAGCACAGGUUGUAUCCCCCGUCUGGCACAUAGCUUCGUACUUACAAGCCGUGGCGCUUUUUGCUUUAGGAAGGGAGAAUGAGGCUCAUGUCGCUCUUAAAGAAGGCUACAUACUCGAGGAAAAGAGGCGCCCGAUUCCUUGAGGUCUGAGAUCUCGCGAGCCGGGAUUUCAGUAUAGAAAAAGUUACAGCGAAAGUAUAGAUAUAUAUAUAUCCCGAUCAUAUAGACAUCAAAAACUUCGAUACCUGCAUGCAUUCCAGCGAAUAAUUGUGGUUGAUUUCUCUUACGAUCUUGAGCGUUACAACCGGCGCCAUUGCGCUCGGUUGCUCUCGAUCAAUCCGGUGGCUCGUCGCGAUGGUGAUGGGAAGCUGGAGGAGAUCUGCCAUGUUCUUAUGAAUAAUGUACAGUGAUGUUUUAUUGCUUUGCUCAUCGACUCUUUUCCAGUUCUUGGUUGCUGUGUGGAUAAUUUAUUUUCUUCCAUUGCUGAAAUUGCUUGUGAUCGAUUUCAUA